AUGACUACCCGUAAACUCAGAAUUAGACUAAUGGAGCACCUGAGGAAUAUUAAUAAUGCCACCAAGGAUUUGGAAAAUGGGAAAGCAAUCACAAGUGUGGCAUCACACUGUUUAAAACGAUAUCACUCCAGGAAAGAAGAACUGGAAUGCUGGGGAGUUGAGAAGGUCUCCCUUGGUAUUAGAGGGGGAGACUUGGAAAUGGCUCUUCUCAAAACAGAAAGCAAAUGGAUAUACCUGUUAAAUACAGUACAGCACCAGAAUGCUGUAUUUAGACAAGAAUUGUUGAGCCAAGGGCCUCCAACCAUGAACAACUCCUCUAUUACUACGUUGCCCUCCAACAUUACAGAAUACUUUGACCCUUUUGGAGGCCACACGGUCUUGGAGGUGGUCCUCAUCCUCCUUACCACCGGUGUACUUUCUCUGGUUACUGUGGUUGGAAAUGUUCUGGUUCUUUUGGCAUUCAAGGUUAACAGCGACUUGAAGACUGUCAACAACUAUUUCCUGUUAAGCUUGGCAUGUGCUGACAUCAUCAUUGGCGCAGUGUCUAUGAACUUGUAUACGACAUAUAUUGUGAUGGGUCGCUGGGCAUUGGGCAACAUUUCCUGUGAUCUCUGGUUAGCCCUGGACUACGUAGCCAGCAAUGCUUCGGUCAUGAAUUUGCUUAUCAUUAGUUUUGAUCGCUACUUUUCCAUAACUCGACCGUUAACAUAUAGGGCUAAAAGGACACAUAAAAGGGCAGCUAUCAUGAUUGGGAUGGCAUGGCUAGUUUCCUUUGUAUUAUGGGCACCAGCCAUAUUGUUCUGGCAGUAUAUUGAGGGCAAGAGGACAGUGGAGCCCCAUGAAUGUUCUAUACAAUUUUUAUCUCAACCCAUAAUCACUUUUGGCACUGCCAUUGCCGCCUUCUACCUUCCGGUUACCAUCAUGAUAAUUUUAUAUUGGAGGAUUUACCGGGAAACAGAAAAUCGUAGCAGGGAGCUGGCUGGACUUCAAGGCUCAGAGUCAGAAAACAUUGUGCGUCCAGCGGCUCUAGGCAGUGUUAGGAGUGGUAGCAGCAGUGGAAUAGGAGAGUCCAAGAGGCUGUCUAGAUCACAGCCAACAGUCUUUAAGGUUAAGCAGGCCUGCUGCUUUCCUCGACGCCUUGCAGCAAAUCCAUCUCUCAAGAGCUAUCCAGAGAAUCGAAGCAAUGGAAGUUGGAACACAGCAGAAGAUGCUGCCUCUGCAGAUUCCCUCUCGUCUUCCUCUGAUGUUGAUGAUCGCCCAUAUGAGAUGAAAAGCAUCUGCUCCGCUGUCAUACGGUUACCUAUGGUCAGCUCUGUGGUAGGAACACCCACUGGUUCUAGGGGCUCCAAUGACACCCUAGGGAGGGGAGAAGUGGAGGUUGACCAAAAUGGUGGAAAGCGGGACAUGACCAGAAAAGCAUCUAAGCCACUAGUUCCUGCUCUGCCAUCAACAGUCAUCAAAGCAAAGGUGGAGAAAAACCGUCGUGUGAAGAGAAAAAGCAAUUCGCUCAUCAAGGAGAAAAAAGCAGCACAAACACUUAGCGCUAUCUUGUUGGCUUUUAUCUUGACUUGGACUCCAUAUAACAUUAUGGUGCUGGUGUCCACAGUCUGUAAGGACUGUAUCCCAGAGGCAUUGUGGAAGCUGGGCUACUGGCUAUGCUAUGUAAACAGUACAAUCAAUCCCAUGUGUUAUGCACUGUGCAAUCGAUCCUUCAGACGCACAUUUAAGAUGUUGCUACUAUGUCGAUGGGACAGGCGAAAGUGGAGAGCACACAGACAGCCACCUGCUUUCUUUAGGACUCCAUCACAGUGAUCAGGAUAAUAUCACGUAUGAGGCACAGCUGAGGUUUGCACUCUGUGUGCAGCGCUGAAGAGGAGGUGGUGGUAUCCCCCCCAGCAUGUGUGGUGAAAGGGGGGCAGAAGAAUGCCAGCACCGCUUAAAACAUACAAAUGGACGAAGCAGAACACAUGGUGAAUUCCGUUCCCCAUCAAUCCUAUAAACAUGAACACUUUCCUAUGAGGAACUUGUCUUUCAUUGAUUUUAACGCAUCUUGUAUUUGUUAUUACAAACUACGUUCAGGAAGAGGGAUCAAAUUGGGGAGGCUGGUGUGACAUGUUUGACUUUUUUUUUUUUAAAAGGGAUAAGUCUCCCCGUCAGCUAAAAAGGGAAGGGGGCAAAACAAACAGACAGCCAAAGAACAUUUUUUUUUUUUUUUUUACUGUUUACAAAGA